AUGAAUUCGACGAUUCGAGGUCGCGGAGCUGGCCGAGGAGGCGACCGCCUUCUGAGACCCACCAGGGAACCGGAUAUGGGUCUUGCAAUGCGCGCUAAUGAAGUCGAAGUGGUAAUAUCAGAGUUUGAUCCUGACAAUAUUCGAGGCCAAACUGCCGAGGAGUGGCUGGCCGAACUGGAUUCCAUGGCUGAGAUUUUCGGCUGGGAUCCCAGACGUACUCUGCUAUAUGCCUGUAUGCGGCUCAAGGGGCCAGCCAAAUUUUGGUACGAUGGAUACAAACAGGAGCUUCGGACUUGGGACAUCUUUAAAGACAAAUUUCUUGAAAAUUUUCCAACUGUCGUAGAUACGGCUGGUAUCCAUCGGAAGCUACUGAAUCUAAAACGCAGACCGGAACAAUCAGUUGAAUCAUACUUUCACGAAAUAGUGGCGAUGGGUCGAAAAAUAAAACUGUCUGAUGACCUCAUUAAGCAAUAUUUGAUAAACGGACUUCCAUACGCUUCGACACGAGCAGUCAUGGCACAGGAUCCUGCCGUGACAUUGCCGCAGUUUCUAGCUGCAUUGAUAAGAGUCGAACGCGCUGCCAAGGACAACAUCAGGAAAAGAGACAUCGAAUACAACGGACGAGGAGGCCACAUCAGAACUCCAGCCAAGAGAUUCGCCGACGGUCAGUCACGUGACGAUGCAGCGCGAGCUAGCACAUCUUAUUCCCAAACUCCUCAAAGACAAACACCGAACAAGACCACUACCGAGUCUAGUUCGUCCAAAAUAGCCUAUACGACACCAACAAGUCAGAAAAGGCAAUGUUUCAUCUGCCGAUCUGAAGACCACCUCGCGAGAAGAUGUCCUCAAAAAAAGGAUUUUCGCACUCCGGUGGUACCGAAUCGCGCCACCAUGUAA